CAAUUGCCCAGAUAUGAGUGAGGACCAUGCUACACGUCGAUAGUAUGAACAGCGGAAGUACAAGCGCAGCCGGAGGUAGAAGCCAUGCGCAAUGGCUGCUCUGCAUGAACACCAACCAAGGUGUCUCACAUGCAGUCGGCUUGAAUCUCGACGUCUCGAACGUGCGGGUACCUGAGCCCGCCUUCAGCAUCGUUCCUUGUCCAAAGGUUUGGGACUCGAGCCCGGACCGUUCAUCCAAUCCAGCCAAGUUUCGGGCCGGAUCUGGUCUCCCCAGGACUCGCAAUUUGACCUGCUUUGCUGAUGUGAUUAGGCAUCCAACCCCUCCACACUUCGCAUCCUCCAAGUCCCGUCCGCUUCUUUACUCGAAACCCGCUGUCUUCUUUCGGGUCACACUAUCUCUACCACCUACGCACAUUCUGCAAACGGAGAGAGACCGUAGAGUGGCUUGGCGUUUGCUAAUGACGUGGUUUGGCGCCUUGGUAAAGUUCUGGACUGCAGCAUACCUCUACGUCUUGUUCGAUUCAUCCAAUUCGGAUGAGAAGUACUACAGUAGUGAUAGAGAUGACAUGGGGGCUCACCGUUGUUCAGGCUUGACCAUAGGUACCUACAAGUAGUGGUUCGGUGAACUGUGCAAUCUCGUGUCCGAAAUCUUGGGUGGUCAACAGGCAGUCGUGUGUUCGUCCCCUAGUAUUCUUGGGUGAUUUGGGCAGGCCGGGAGUGAAGGG